AUGCGGCGGAGCCCCCGCCCGGGCUCGGCCGCAUCCCCACACAAGCACAAGCCCAACUUCUACAGCGACAACAGUAAUAGCUCAGAGAGCGCCAUCUCGGGGAACAGCCGCGGGCACCGGUCAGCUGGGUCGGGGCCCGGGGAGCUCGAGGGCAGAAGAGCCCGGGGCUCGAGCUGCGGUGAGCCCGCCCUGAGCGCAGGAGUGCCCGGAGGAGCCACAUGGGCAGGAAGCUCUCGGCCGAAGCCUGCGCCUCGGAGCCACAAUGGGCAGACAGCCUGUGGCGCGGCAACCGUGAGGGGCGGGGCCUCGGAACCGGCUGGGGCUCCCGUAGUCCCUGAAGAGCAGCUCGACCUUCUCUCGACCCUGGACCUGAGGCAGGAGAUGCCGCCCCGGCCGGUGUCCAAGAGCUUCCUGAGCCUGCUCUUCCAGGUGUUGAGCCUGCUGCUGUCCCUGACGGGAGACGCGCUGGUCAGUGUGUACAGGGAGGUCUGCUCCAUCCGCUUCCUGCUCACGGCUGUCUCCCUGCUGGGCUUCUUCCUGGCAGUGCUCUGGUGGGGGCUCCUGUACCUGGUCCCUCCCCUGGAGAACGAACCUAAGGAGAUGCUGACUCUAAGUGAGUACCACGAGCGCGUGCGCUCCCAGGGGCAGCAGCUGCAGCAGCUCCAGGCCGAGCUGGACAGACUGCACAAGGAGGUGUCCAGCGUUCGCUCAGCCAACAGCGAGAGAGUGGCCAAGCUGGUGUUCCAGAGGCUGAACGAGGACUUUGUGCGGAAGCCCGACUACGCGCUGAGCUCCGUGGGAGCCUCGAUCGAUCUGGAGAAGACGUCCCAAGACUACGAGGACGCGAACACUGCCUACUUCUGGAAGCGCUUCAGCUUCUGGAACUACGCGCGGCCGCCCACCGUCAUCCUGGAGCCAGACGUGUUCCCUGGGAAUUGCUGGGCUUUCGAGGGCGACCAGGGCCAGGUGGUGAUCCGGCUGCCAGGUCGUGUGCAGCUGAGCGACAUCACCCUGCAGCAUCCACCGCCCAGCGUGGCGCACACUGGGGGAGCCAACAGCGCCCCCCGAGACUUCGCAGUCUUUGGCCUUCAGGUCGACGAUGAGACUGAAGUUUUCUUGGGGAAAUUCACCUUUGAUGUGAAGAAAUCUGAGAUUCAGACGUUCCACCUGCAGAAUGAACCCCCCGCCGCCUUUCCCAAGGUGAAGAUCCAGAUUCUGAGCAACUGGGGCCACCCACGGUUCACCUGCUUGUACCGAGUCCGUGCCCACGGUGUGCGAACCUCGGAGGGGGCAGGGGACAGUGCCACAGGGGUCACCGGGGGGCCCCAUUAA